AAAACCCCUCCUAUCACCUGGGCGGGUUAUUGUCUUCUACUCCGCUAUAAAACAGUUAUCUUCUCCCUUGCUUCUCUUCCUCGCAGUGACAUCUAACGCCGCAGCCCCCUCCGGAUCCCUGCCACCCACCAUGUCUUUCGGAGCCAUCUACAAUCCACCUGUUCCUUUCACAACACCUUUUCCAAAUGGACUCAGUGAUGGGAGCCUUGUUGUCAUCACAGGCACGGUCCUUCCUUCAGGUGACAGGUUUGCGGUAAACUUUCAGUGUGGACCCAAGGAAAAUGAUGAUAUUGCGUUUCAUUUCAACCCACGCUUUAUUGAUGGUGGAAUUGUUGUCUGCAAUACCAAGGAGCAUCAGAGCUGGGGCAGAGAAGAAAAUAAACGUGAAAUGCCUUUCCAUAAGGGGCAGCCGUUUGAGAUCCGUGUCCUUGCUACACACCAUAGUUAUAAGGUGUCUGUAAAUAGGAAUCACUUCUUGGAAUACAAUCACCGGACUCCCCUGCAUAAAGUCAAGAUCUUAAACAUUUGUGGCUCUGUUAGUCUAACAAGUGUUGAUAUCCAAGCACAGGGGGCAGGAUUCCCAGGCCAACAAUUUCCUCCUGGCCAAAUGCACAAUCCAGUGUACCCACAGCACCCAGGAUUCGCGCCACAACAAUUUCCCGGUGGGCCCGCUUUUAAUCCAGGGUUUCCUUCAGCUCCAAUGCAGUCUGCAAAUUAUACAAUGCCAUACCAAACCAACAUUUAUGGAGGUCUUUUUCCAUCAAAGACUAUUGUCAUCAGAGGAACUGUUAAUGGGCAUCCCAAAAGAUUCCAUAUCAACCUGAAAUUCAGUGGUGGGACAGCACUACACUUCAACCCUAGGUUUGAUGAGAAUACAAUUGUGCGAAACAGUUUUUUGAACAACAGCUGGGGGAAGGAGGAACGUCACUUGCCAGGUCAUGGAAUGUGUUUUGCACCAGGGCAAAGUUUUGUGAUUGAAAUUGUAAGUGAUCAUCAUGCUUUCAGAGUGAAUGCGAAUGGGCAUCAUGUGUGUGACUUCCAACACCGGGUCCACAACCUGCAGCAGAUAGACACUCUACAGAUAGAAGGCGAUGUGGUGCUGCAGCACGUACAGAUCUAGAGCUUGGAUUGGCUAAUUUGCACAUCUUCCUCCUUUUUCUUCGCUUCUUUUUUAUGUUUUAUGGCAUUCAUUAACCUUAUGCAUAUCUCCAUAAGUAUUUGUUCUUUUUUGUUCAGUGAUCCAUAUAAUUCAAAACAUUAAAAUCAUUUUCUAUAGCAAAAGGAAAUCUACACACCUUACUUGAUCCUAAUACAUUUAUAUCUGUACAUUUAUCCAAAAUGGCUUUUGUAACGUUACAUAGGUGAUUACAAUAACUCUUUUUGGUAUCUUAGUUAACACUGCUUUUAACAUCCAUUGACUACAAUUAAGUACUACACCAUACGUUUUAUAAGACUAAAACCUCCUGUUAUAAAGUAUUUCAUUGGAAUUGCUCUGAAAAAAAAUAUUUUGGAAGUUGGUUAUAACAAUGCAGAAACAAUCCUCAUGUUAGGCAGCACUCAAAUUCCUGGUGCCUGAGCAGAAUCCAAACCAAGCUUGAAAAAGAUCCUGUAGUUGGGUUGAAGCGUUGCCAUGUGGUGGAAUAAACACUUCAAUCCAG